UUUUGAUGACUUUUUCCCUUCUUCCCCAACUCAUUUCUUCUCUCUAGAAUAGCUUGCAAGACUCUAUUAAUGGGAGCUUCAAUACUUGUACUAUGUAAUGGUGAGGAGAGACUAAUGAGAAUGAGAGGGCUUAGACAUUAGCCUAAAAAGUCCCGUGGUUUUCUCCUUUUCGGGUUUCCACGUAAAAACUGAGUGUUCAUACAUAUAUUUACUAUAUCGUGUUGGAUUAAACUCAACACUGGGGCCGUCUGUGGGAAUCUGUCCAAAAAGAUUCACGUGUUCUACACAAAUUUCAUACGAAACAACUAUUGAUUACAACAACAAAAAAAAAGAUUCUGGAGAUGAAAGCAGGAAGAAGCUACUGAGUUCAACAAAAAAGAGGAAGGAAUUGGAUGAAGAAUCUGGAGUUUUGGAUCCGGGAUCGUCCAGAUCUGGGAAGAAGCCGCUGGAGUCGUUCCAUGCUCUAUUUUGCGCACCAAGGAGCUGAAGCUUCAUUAAUGUAAAGCAAGUAUGCUGGCAGAUCCAUUUUUGAGUAAAUUAUGGACAACCAACCACGUCUUGAUAGCACGUGGCAUGGCAGAAGUACAUAGGUAGUAGAUUAUAAGUGGGCUCAUGGUUGACUUUCUUUUCCAAAGACUUUUGGUGUAAAUUACUCUUCAGCCGCACGGUCUAUACUCCAGGAGCCCGAAGGGAGACGCUUUACUAGCUCGUCCAUUUGCUCAGCCAUCUCUGGGGAUUCCGCCGUGCUGCCAUCCACUCGUUGGAUUUAGUCUCAGCUCGGCGUCCACGAUCGGCUCGCCGGUAUCCGCCAGGUGUUACUCGGGCUUGCCGCCAUAAAAAAUCCACGGACUUCAUAAAUCAACUGGCCGACGAACGUCCAACGGGAAUAACAAUGUUGUUUUACGAUCAAGGGCGACUGAACCUCAGCACCCUCGAGAUAACUUGCUGCCCGACGUACCUACCCGCCGCUCGGCACCUUGAAUCCCCGGAUCAGUCGCCGCUCGGACUUGGUUGAAGGGGAAAAUUGUCGGAGUAUUUCUGCCGGCCGGAAGGCAGUCCCACAUAGCUUUGACAAUCAGAACGCCGGACUGGAGGUCAUCAACAGAGGUCGCAGGCCGGACUGGAGGUCCAUCUCAUCAAUUGCAGCUACUCUGGUUGAUGUUGAUGAUCGAAGAUUGCCAUGAUGCCCCGAGGCCAGGCUUGGCUCGGACGCACGUAUGUAAGGGUCAACGAAUUCUGGCAUAGAGCGAGACCAGUUUCUCCCAAACGGAGCGUCCCCCCUCACCCCACGGCUUCAGGCUACCAGACGUGCAUCCUAUAUAGCAAGAACACCCAACUCGCCAAUUCAUCAGUGCUCGGGCAGCAGCUCGUUCCCUGCACAGCUAGUCAGCUACGGAGGCCGGGGAAAUAACUCGUAAAUGGCCGCCCGGCCGGUCUAAGACAUGUGGGCCCGCCGGUCAUCGGACAGCUCAGGAUGCUACUGCAGAUCGCUUGCUCGGUUCACACAGCUGCCUAUUCCCCCAGGCCGCUCGUCCCCAGGAGCAGCUUCGAUCCAGAUCAGACGUCCAGGGAAGCUCGCCCAAGAAGCGGAGUUACCUCAUUUCAGACCCAUGCUUGCUCACCUCGCAACCAUGGGCAGACCCUUCGCCUGACCGAUGACAAUUCACCGCUCGGCCUACUGUUGUCGCGCGAUGAAUUAGGCGGACUGCGGGUUUCGUGCGGUCGUGGACGUGCGUCCCCUUCGUUGUUAGCCUGCGGCAAUAAUGAUAAAGGCCAAUAGGGAUUGGUUUUGGGCAAAUGGGCCGGACGUCCCCAGCUCCCAAUAGAUUCCUUGAUGGGCCAAAUUUCAACAACCUGCACAAUUGGUUCAUAAUAGCUAAGUAUAUCAUUUUUACCUUGUGAUUUAAAGCAUUAUGUGCUCUCACCAUUAUUUAAUAGGGAUUAAAAUGUCCCGAAAUAAAUAAUGUUGAGCGAAGCUCGGGGAUGAGCUUCCACCGGGUUUUUGAUUUAAUAAUUAGGAGAUGAGCCGGGUCGAGGGUCAUUGUACCCCAAUGUGGACGCUCAUAUCCGGAAGAACUAGGUGAUGGGCCGGGCCGAAGGUCAUCUCACUCCGAGGCCGACCGUCAUGCCCGGAAGAGCCCCAAGCCGACCUACAAAAAAAAAAGUGUGCACAUAUACAUAUUGUCUGGCCAUUUGGCCGCGUUACUAUGUUCAUUGUGCAGAUUAAGAUCAUAGUCAGAUAAGAGAUGAUGUUCAAAAUGAACCUUGGUGCCAAGGGCUUGGGGACGAGCAUCCUCCACCCGGAGGCCGAGGAUCUAAAGAAGACCAUCAAGAGCCAAGGGCCGUGGACGAGCAUCUUUCACCCCGGAUGCCGAGGGCCCGAAGACGAUCAUCUAUCGUCCAGUGGCCUAGGCCCGGGGACGAGCAUCCUCCACCCCAGAAGCCGAGCGUCUAAAGAAGACCACCAAAGGCCAAGGGCUUGGAGACGGACAUCUUCCACCCCAAGAGCCAAGGGCCAUGGACGAGCAUCUUUCACCCCGGAUGCCGAGGGCCCGAAGACGAUCAUCUAUCGUCCAGUGGCCUAGGCCCGGGGACGAGCAUCUUCUAACCCAAGAGCCAAGGGCCGUGGACGGCCAUCUCCUCCUCAGAGGCCGAGCGUCUAAAGAUGACCAUCAAAGGCCAAGGGCUUGGAGACGAACAUCUUCCACCCCAAGAGCCAAGGGCCGUGGACGAGCAUCUUUCACCCCGGAGGCCAAAGCCCGGGGACGGACAUCCAUCACCCGGAGGCCAAAGCCCGGGGACGAAAAUCCAUCACCCGGAGGCCAAAGCCCGGGGACGAACAUCCAUCACCCGGAGGCCAAAGCCCGGGGACGAACAUCCAUCACCCGGAGGCCAAAGCCCGGGGACGAACAUCCAUCACCCGGAGGCCAAAGCCCGGGGACGAACAUCCCCACCCCGGAGGCCAAGGGCAUUGAGGCGCGCAACACAUCCUUAGACCGAGCAUGCCCAGGCUCAGCAUGUUGAGGUAGAAAUGUCCCGAGGAGACCCAACCUAGCAACUGGAGGUCGAAAGUCUCUAGGAAUAGGCCGAGGAUUGUCGCUGUAUGACGACUCCGAGGUCUGCUACCGGGUCGUGCAUCAAGAGCAAGGACACAUCUAGGCCGAGUUCCUAAGGGUCGAACGUCCAAAGGAAGUCGGGUCGGGCAUCCGUGGGCCGAACGCCCCAAUCCCUCGCACCCAGGCCAAGGCAUUGAAUUAAGCCUUUGCUCCAAAAGCCGAGGCCAUGCAUAAGGAAGGCAGAGGAAGAGCGUAGGCAAGAGUAUACUUUCUCGAGCAGAUUCGCACGCUCACUACUCAAGAAACUGGGGGACUUGUGUUGAGGUAUAUUAUCCCGGUCCGUUACUGUUCAGGAGCCCAAGGCAUCGCCCCAUCUUGGAGCCCGAAUGACAAGGUCCAUUUCAGUCUAUUAGGCAUGUUUCGGCCCUUUGGGCCCAUUUUGGGCUUACUUGGCCCAUUAGGUUAGGUUUCCCCCUUUCCCUUACCCCUAUAAAUAUGGGGCUUUCCCACAUGUUUAGGGAUCCCUUUUUGAUGACUUUUUCCCUUCUUCCCCAACUCAUUUCUUCUCUCUAGAAUAGCUUGCAAGACUCCAUUAAUGGGAGCUUCAAUACUUGUACUAUGUAAUGGUGAGGAGAGACUAAUGAGAAUGAGAGGGCUUAGACAUUAGCC